AUGUCUUAUGAUGGCAGCUAUGAAAGUAUUCAAAAGGAAACUGUUGAAAAGGUAUUAGACACUCGUCUAAGCGACAUAAUUGAGGUAAUUAAUGACAAGUUGAACGAACUGAUAGACGAAGUAAACAAAUCGAGAACGGAGGGAAAGGAGCAAAUAAUGGAUGGUGGAACAGCUACCCCCUUGGUGGCUGGAGCCUUAGUAGGAGCCGGUGGACUUGGUGGCUACUUAGUAGGCAAUGUCGCGGAUAAAGAAGAUACCGAAAGAGAAAAAAUGCUUUUGCAAGACCAAAGAUAUAGAGAUGCUAUGGGUGAGGUAAACCAGCAAAUAGAUGCUAAUAACCAAAUCAAAAAGCAAAUAACAGACAUUGAAGGUAAACUUAAUGGAACCAUACCAAGACAGCCGAAUGAAACUGAUGAACAUCUAAAAACUCAGUUGGCCAUACUAACCGGAAAUCUCAGAAAUGGUGAAGGUAGAUUGAAUGGAUUGAAAAAUGAGUUGGAUAAAUUAAGAAAAGAAUUAGGCGGAGGCAGUUCUUUAAUGAAUAAUAGUCAAGGACCAGAAAAGGAAGCAUUAAGGAAGAUUAUUAAAACCCUGUCUAAUGAAGAUUUACCUUCUGAGGAACAGUUUGUUGGUAGUGGAAAAUCUACUUUAGCCAAUGCACUAAGUGGAACAGAUAAAUUUCAAGAAAGGCAAUGUGCUCGCAGUGUAAAUAAUGAAGUGCAAAUUGAAGAAUUUGAAGAUAAUGGUAUUAUUUAUAAGAUAGUUGAUACGGUAGGUCUUGGCGAUCUUCAUCUUUCAAAAGAACAAGUGUUAAGUAGCCUAGAAGGUGCAGUUCAUGUUAUUGGCGAAGGGCUAAAUCAAAUUUUAUUUGUGAGCAAUGCUAGAAGUCGUGUCACUAAGGAAGAAAUAAAUGUCUAUAAAUCACUACAAGAGUUUAUUUUUGAUAAAAACUCUGUCAAACACACUACCAUCGUCCGGACUAAUUUUGUUAACUUUAUGACUGAAAAAGAAUGCAAAAGAGAUGAAAGAGAUUUAAGAGAAAUUCCUGAACUUACUGAGUUUAUUGGAACAGCAGGUUCUGAUGCCUCUUCAAUAACUAACGAAAAAGAAAAAUAUGAAUUUUUUAAGAAGACUCUUGAGGAAGAUGCAAAAGAUUGUGAGAUAAUAAGAAAAGAGGAUUUAAAAAAGAUUCUAGAAAAUUAUGUCACAAAACUCGAGAAAUUUGACUUUUGCCUUAGCAGUUCAGAAUACAAAAAGGGAAACGUAAAGAAGAGGGAAUUUAAAAAACUUCAACAAAUAAUAAAAAGAGUGAAAGAAACAUUAGAAAAAAUGAAGGAUGAUAAGGAAAUUAAUUAUUCCGCUGAUAAAAAAUUUGAUCCAAAAUAUUCCGCUAAAUCAAAGUCAUGA